UCAGGUCAGCAGAAGGUGGUGCACCGAUUCCAUUCCUACAAUCUGAUUCCAUUCCUGAACCUAAACCAACUCGAUCCAACUGAAUAUUAAUCUAAUUCAAAAUUAUAUGAACUUGACAGGCAUUAGUCUACCAGAAGAGACAAAGCAACUUUACGUAGUCUCAAAGCUGAGGCAAAACACGGGAAAGAAAAUGGAACCAUCUUAUUAAGGGCUUUGCUUAGAAUUCUUGUUUCUAGACAGAGACACACACCUAACCAAGCAAAAACGACAGGGAUGCAGACUUCUUGACCAGUUUCAUGGCUCCCUCCCUUUAUUUAUAGGGGUGAGUUGGAGAGUCAGCCAUUCAAUCCAAACCCAGACUGAAAGGGAGGAAAAGGAGAAGAAAAACACUAACCCAAAAGAGGAAUAGACAGCUGCUUUGGAUCAAUGGCCUCUUCCUCCUCCUUCUGCUGUCUUGGAUUCCUCUGCCUUCUGGUCUGCCUCCUUCCAGCUUCCGUUGACUGCAUGGUUCGUCAUUACAAGUUCAACGUGGUGAUGAAAAAUACUACGAGGUUGUGUUCGAGCAAGCCGAUUGUGACUGUGAAUGGCAAAUUCCCAGGGCCAACCCUGUAUGCUAGGGAAGAUGACACGGUGCUAGUGAAAGUUGUCAACCAUGUCAAAUACAAUGUUUCCAUCCACUGGCAUGGCAUUAGGCAGAUCAGGACUGGUUGGGCCGAUGGACCAGCAUACAUCACCCAAUGCCCUAUCCAGCCAGGGCAGAGCUAUGUGUACAACUUCACCAUCACAGGGCAGAGAGGAACACUUCUGUGGCACGCACACAUCCUCUGGCUGAGGGCUACCGUCCAUGGAGGCAUUGUCAUCUUGCCGAAACGGGGUGUUCCUUAUCCGUUCCCAGCUCCCCACAAGGAAGUCGUUGUUGUAUUAGCGGAAUGGUGGAAAUCAGACACAGAAGCUGUGAUCAACGAAGCCACGAAAUCAGGAUUGGCACCGAAUGUCUCCGAUGCCCACACCAUCAACGGUCAUCCUGGUCCUGUUUCUAACUGCGCGUCACAGGGAGGCUUCACAUUGCCAGUCCAGUCAGGGAAAACAUACAUGCUAAGGCUAAUCAACGCUGCACUCAAUGAAGAGCUCUUCUUCAAAAUCGCAGGCCACAAACUUACAGUAGUGGAGGUCGAUGCUACCUAUGUCAAACCAUUCAAAACCGACACUGUCCUAAUCGCUCCAGGACAAACCACAAACGUACUGGUUUCAGCAGAUCAAAGCUCAGGGAAAUACCUGGUGGCUGCCUCGCCAUUCAUGGACGCUCCAAUUGCCGUCGACAACAAAACCGCCACGGCCACCGUCAGCUACGCCGGCACCCUCUCCACUACCCAAACGACUCUGACAAUCCCACCUCCGAAGAACGCAACCGCAGUGGCCAACGCUUUCACAAACUCCCUCCGAAGCCUCAACUCCAAGAAAUUCCCCGCCGCCGUCCCGAAAACCGUCGAUCACAACCUCUUCUUCACGGUCGGCUUGGGAAUCAACCCGUGCCCGACUUGCAAAGCCGGGAACGGCAGCAGAGUGGUCGCCAGCAUCAACAACGUUACGUUUGUGAUGCCCACCACCGCUCUUCUUCAGGCGCAUUUCUUCAAACAGAAGGGCGUCUUCACCACCGAUUUCCCGGCCAACCCGCCCCACGUCUUCAACUACACGGGAACCCCGCCGGCGAAUCUGGCGACCACGAAAGGGACGAAGGUUUACAGGUUGGCUUACAAUUCGACGGUUCAGCUGGUGAUGCAGGACACCGGGAUCAUCUCGCCGGAGAACCACCCAAUCCAUCUCCACGGAUUCAAUUUCUUCGCGGUGGGGAGAGGAAUUGGGAACUACAACCCUAAAACGGACCCGAAGAAGUUCAAUCUGGUCGACCCGGUUGAAAGGAACACCAUCGGAGUCCCUUCGGGCGGGUGGGUCGCCAUCCGGUUCCGGGCUGAUAACCCAGGAGUUUGGUUUAUGCAUUGCCAUCUGGAAAUCCACACGACUUGGGGAUUGAAGAUGGCGUUCUUGGUGGACAACGGAAAAGGGCCGAACCAGUCACUCCUGCCGCCUCCCGUUGAUCUCCCGAAAUGCUGAACGUCGGAGGGUUUGAAGAAUUCUCCUCCGUAUAAGAAGAGUGAAAGAAUUCGGAGAAAAAAUUGUGAAAACACAGAGGUUGAGAUUUGAGUUUUAAUUUGUUUCUUGAGCAAAAGUUUAGCUCAAGCAAGUGAGAAUAAGAGAUUGUAUGUGACUAAUUGAAAAUUUAUUUAAGAGCAAAGUAAUUUGUCCACCAUACGUUGUUUUUUUUUAUAAUGGUGAUUGCAUUGAAUUUGUUACGAUGUUUAGUGUUUCGAUUGUAUAUUAAAGGCGAAAUAUUAAAAUUCGUCACAAAAAA